GAAUGGAAAACUGGGCAAGAUUGCCAAACAGUUUAAAUUAUCCAAACAUCCUGUCCUGGGUGACUGGUCCAUACAAGUUCAAAUAAACGAUCAAACCCACUAUCAAACGUUUACUGUCAUGGAGUAUGUGUUGUCAAAGUUUGAAGUCUUUCUGACAACACCUCUGCAUUAUUCCCCAAAAGAUACGAGUUUCAAUGGGACUGUCACAGCAAAGUACACAUAUGGAAAGCCAGUGAAAGGGAAAGUAACUCUUGCUUUCUUUCCAUUAUACUAUGGAAAGAAGAGAACUAUCACUAAAACAUUGGAGAUUAAUGGAUCUGUGAACUUUGCACUUGAUAGUCUAGAGAUGAAGAACAUAACUUACAUAGAUUGGGAAGAGUAUAUGCCUGUAGAAAUUACAGCUGUGGUUACAGAAUCACUUACAGGAAUCUCCCAGAAUUCAAGUACUACUGUAUUUCCAAAACUUCAUGACUACUUACUAGAAUUUUCCGAGUAUUCAAGAGUUUUGAAACCUUCCCUGGAUUUCUUCGCUACACUGAAGGUAACAAGACAUGACAACAGGCCCCUGACUUCUGAUGAACGAAGGAAUGAAGUCAUGAUCACUGUCAAAGCCUCAGGGAGAGGUUCUUACAGCAAGCGUUAUGGAAAUGAAUUUCAGAGGAAUGCAUCAAUUCAGCAACGAAGCUACCCUGUACCAGCAAAUGGGUUGGUUCAGAUUGAAUUUCCAGUUCUGGAGAAUACAACAACAUUGUAUAUUGAGGCUGAAUAUAUGGAAAUUGAAACUUCUGUAACUGUAUAUGAAAUAUCCUACUCUGCCAGCAUGACUUACGUCUUGAUUAAAAAAACACCUCAAAAUUUAAAGGUUGGGACACCUUUGGAGCUGAAUGUUCAAAGCAAUAGACCUGUGAAAGAAAUCAGCUAUAUGGUUAUGUCUAAAGAACAAAUUGUGGCUGUUGGUAAAAAGAAGUCCACAACCUUCACUUUAACACCAGAACAUUCUUGGGUUCCUACAGCCAGCAUAAUCGCCUUCUAUGUGAGUGAUAAUGGAGAAGUAAUAAGCGAUGCUCUAAGUGUUCCUGUGCAGCCAGUCUUUAAAAACCAGGUUAACAUGUAUUGGAAUAAAAACAAGGCUGGGCCUUCUGAGGAGGUCACCCUCAAAAUCAAUGUGACAGAACCCAAUACAACAAUUGCACUUCUGGUUGUUGACAAAAGCACGAACAUUCUGGGAAAAAGAAGUGAUAUCACAGAGGAUACAGUACUGCAUGAGCUAAGUUUAUAUAAUAAAGAGAUCUUUUACGGUGAACCUUUAAAUUCCCACAGUGUCUUUCAGAAAUGCAAUCUCUGGGUAUCAACUGAUGCCAGUUUUCCAGAAAUUGAAGAAUAUGACGAUCCGUACCCUGGCAUUACUGCUUUUUCAGGGCAGGCGUAUGAUACUUCGCACCCAUUGAUGAACACAGCAAUGAAAGAGGUUUUGAGUAGCCCCCAUGUAAGGACAAAUUUUCCAGAGACAUGGAUUUGGCGUGAAAUCACGAUCGGAGCCACUCAAGCAACAGUGAAUGUUACUGUUCCUGAUACUAUUACUUCCUGGGUAGCCAGUGCAUUUAUAAUAUCUGAAAACCUUGGACUAGGUGUAAUGGAAGUGCCUCUUGAGUUAGAAGUCUUCCAGCCCUUUUUUGUUUCCCUAAACCUUCCUCCUAGUGUUACAAGAGGAGAAGCAUUUAUAUUGGAAGUCAGCAUAUUCAAUUAUUUGAAAGAAAGCACUGAGGCUACAGUGACCCUUGAUACAAGUGACACCUUUGAAAUUCUCAUUAUCUCUAAUGAUAUAAAUGCCAUGGGAAACCAGAGAUCAGUAUGGAUACCAAGUGACCAUGGGAAGACGGUCAUUUUCCCAAUAAAACCAAAGCAAAUUGGAGAGAUUCCAAUUAGGGUGACAGCAAUAUCACCCAUUGCGUCUGAUGCACUCCUCCAGAAAGUAACAGUGAAGGCAGAAGGAGUAGAACAAUUUCAUUCUCAGGCACUUAUUUUGGACUUGCCCAAACUUGUUGAAACAUUGAAUUUUACUUUCCCCUCUGAUGUAGUACCUGGCAGUGAAAGAGUACAAGUUACUGUUAUUGGUGACAUCCUCGGCCCUUCCAUUAAUGGUAUAGAGUCACUGAUCAAGAUGCCUUAUGGCUGUGGGGAGCAGAACAUGAUCAAUUUUGCACCUAAUAUUUAUGUCCUGGACUACCUGACUAAAAGAGACAAUCUGAAGUCGAGCCUCAAAUCAAAAGCUGUGUCAUAUAUGAGGGAAGGCUACCAACGAGAGCUUCUCUACCAAAGGGAUGAUGGCUCUUUCAGUGCUUUUGGAAACAGUGACAAUUCUGGAAGUACAUGGUUAUCAGCUUUUGUAUUAAGAAGUUUCAUUCAAGCCCAGCCAUUCAUAGAUAUUGAUCCAUAUAUUCUGGAGGCAACAGCUUCUUGGAUUGUGAGCCAUCAGAAAACCAGUGGAGAAUUUGAGGAGCCUGGAAGAUUAUUACAUACUGAACUGCAAGGAGGCACUAAUACCCCAGUUUCACUUACAGCUUAUAUUACGGCCGCACUAUUGGAAUACCAAACAGAUAAGUAUGCGGAGAAUAUACGAAGAGCACUGAACUUUCUGGAAUUUAAAUUAAGUGAAGGCAUACCAGAUAAUUAUACAUUGGCUCUUGUGACUUAUGCUUUAUCACUGUCAAGGAGUGCAGAAUCAAAGACUGCUCUGGACACACUGAAUAAGAGAUCAGAACAAGGAGAACUCAGAUUCUGGAUAUCACCCUCUUCUGAACUGUCUGAUUCUUGGCAGCCACGUUCCAUAGAUAUUGAGACUGCAGGUUAUGCUCUCUUGGCUCAUGCUAAACAAGAAAGACUACUAGAAGGGUUCCCUAUCAUGAAAUGGCUAAGUCAGCAGAGGAACCACCUGGGAGGUUUUUCUUCUACACAGGACACUAUUGUGGCCUUGCAUGCUUUGAGUGCCUCUGCAAUACAUACUCCUGACAUGAAACCAGAAAUGGAUGUAACUGUUGAUGCGUCUAGUGAACCAAAUCCAGCUGUAUUCAGAAUCAAUCCUGAAAACUGUUUUGUUCUCCAAACCAAGGAGAUUGCAGCUACACAGCCAGUGGAAGUCACAGUUUCUGCAAGUGGCCGCGGUCUUGGACUGUUCCAGCUCAAUAUUAUGUACAAUGUAAAAAAUUCACAUACCAGCAGGAGGCGUAGAUCUGCACAAAAUCCAGAAGCCUUUGACUUAGAUGUUGUUGUAAAGGAUAAUGAAAAAGAUAUAAAUCACCUAACAGUGAAUGUUUGUACCAGGUAUUUGGGUGCCGGCACAUCUUCACGGAGUGGUAUGGCUCUUCUAGAGGUUGGACUACUGAGUGGCUUCUCUCUCUCACCCAAUUUCAUGUCUUUGGGUGAUCCAGUUAAGAAGGUGGAGGAAGAUGAUGGGAAAGUCCAUAUAUAUUUUGACUCUUUAAAUGAAACACAGGUUUGUGUGGAUAUUCCAGCUGUGAGGGACUUCAAAGUGGCAAAUACACAAGCUGCCUUUGUGACUGUGCUGGAUUAUUAUGAACCUAGGAGAAGAACAGUGAGAAGCUAUAACUCCAAAGUGAUGAACAGUCUGUCAUCUUGUACCUUUUGUGAAAAGAAUGAGUGUGAUCUUUGUGGAACAGGUGGUUCUCCACUAAUUUCCCUCUCUUGGGAACUCUUAGUAGUGCAUAUAAGUUUGCUGUAUAGUUGGCUGAUCCAGUAAUUGGAAUACCCGUUUGCACUUACACGGGGACCAUUGGUCUCAUCAUCUUUCAUAAGGGUAGUUUGGACAAUGAGCCUGGGGCCCUUUACAUUUGCAUAUAAUAGGACUCCUAGGUGUAGAAUUCCUUGCAAGAACUUGCCUCUGAAAAUAGUGAUCUACGAAAGCCAAACUUCCUGUUAGAAUCUAUCAGAAAGGCAAAUUGCAGGUCAGAACCGAUGUCCCCUAUUUUAGGCUCCAUAGUAUUUGCUGCACAGAUUGAAGUUGAGGGAUGAACUGCAGAACUGGUACAGAACUGGUACCUGCUAAGAAGUAAGUCCCACUGAGCUCAAUGGGGCAUACUCUUUAGUAAGUAUGACAUGGUAGCGUUCUGUUUCUAGGGACAGAAGAAUCAGAUACAAAUCCUAAAAUUCUGGCUAUGUCAGAACUUGUAACCAUUUUUAAAAAGUAAGCAUUUCUGAAUUUAAGAGGUUAGAUUUAUUUGGAAGAAAAAUUAAAUCAAGAGUAUAUAUUUUAUUGAAGUUCUUUGUACAUUAAAAAUAAGAGGGGAUUUUUAAAUAGAAUGUUUUAAUUUUAGAAAUUAUAUUAGGAUUACGUAAAUUUCAGUAUCGCUUGUGAUACAUUCUGGUCUGACUUAACAUUUAAUUUACACAUCUUAUUGACUUCAGUGGCACUGGAUCAAGUCCUAGCUUCAGAGGGCUUAACUAAAUAAGGAUUUUGGAAGAGGCUAACAUUUAAUAUGCUAUCAUUUGCAUCCUCAGUUCUGUUCUAUAAACCUGAAGGCCAUGCUUUUAUACCACAUGCAGAAUAGGAGAAAUACUGAUGACAAAACAAACAAAGCAAUUUAGAAGUGGCACAUGGCCAUCUCUGACACACAUGUAGUCACAAAAUGAAAAAUGCAGAAAACGAUUGUGUCAACUUUAGAAAAUAUACCUGGUUAUUUGUGACUCUUUUUUUAAUACUCUGGUUUCUCUUCAGAGCAUAGAAAUCUUUUUUAGUAAAACAAACUUUACUGGGGAUGUUUCCAGGUAGUGACAAACCUGCUAGUUUGAAAACUGAUAGGUUUGUUGGGGACGUGUGCCUGUCUCUUCCACAUAACCGCUGAACUUGCAAUCAGUUCCUUUAUGAGUCAUACAGUGUGACACAACUGGGUUGUUUAGGAGCUAAACAGCCCAGUGUUUAAUUGGACAGCAAACCUUGGAUUAGCUAGUGGGUUGCUUAGCCCCUAAACAACCCAAUGGUCUGGGUCCAUGCAUCAUGCUGAACAAUCUAUAAAGGAGCUAAUCAAGAAGGAUCAAGGGGAUAUGAGGAGGAGGAAGGGGGACAAGUGCUGUCAAAGUGCUUUCGCCCCUUUCCCAACUUCUCCAAAAUGCUGCAUCUAACUGAUUUGCAGGGCAGGAGGACCAUGCAGCUGAUUUUUGCCUCCAUGUACCACUUACCCUGCCCAGGAGGUCCAUAAUCCUUCAAACUUGGAAGGUUAUGUGCAGCCUCAUGGAAUUGUGCCCUUAUUCAUGUUGGUAUUUCUUAUUAUUUAGUUUUUGGUGCACAUCAAAUAUGAAAUACCAUAAACUGUCAACAAUAUAAUAUUGUGAAAUAAUCCCUGUAAUUGCAGGUCAGCUAUAAAAUCUGUUAAAGAUAUUGUUGCACAUUGCUGAUCAAAUUCUAUUAGAUUGCAAUAGCCAGGAAAGCAACUAUUUCAAUGGAGUACUAUUCUGUAUCCAAUGCAGCAUUGAAAAUUCAGGGAAUGUUAAGCAAGUAUUUGACCAUACUGUCAAAUAUCUGGUGAAUAUUGGACAUCAACAUUCAUAGAGGAAAUUUUUCAGAAUGUUUAGAAGAUUUUUUUCCUUAGCCAUGUACAGCACCAAUUGUUACCUAAUUAUAGGUUGUUAGGAUGUAUUGGAUUUGUACAUAUUACCUACCUGCCUGUUUUUCUUGGCACUUUAUUGUCUCAGAAUUAGACAUUCUAGAGACUACUCAGUUCUGAAACUUCAAACAUUUUAACAUUUGAGGAAAGAGGCAUGCCGUGGCAGGGAAAGUAUACACAUUUAUGACACUGAAAUGACACCAGAAUGUUAAAAAGUACAUUGUGGGCUGCAGUGAAAUAUGUAAAAGUUAAAAUUUGAAUAUUGGGUGUAUCAGGGAAGAGCAUCCCACCAGACCUGGUGGAAUAGAUGUGCUUAUUUAGAAGGACAAGUGAAUAGAAAUUACUGGCUUCCAGUAAUACAGAAAUAUAGUUUAUUGGGUUCUCCAGAUUAUUGUGUUGCCUAUUAGGAAAAUGCACUACAUGGUAUUAAGUUUGUAGCUACUUUGAAUAGCUGGACCAGUUCCUACAGCCUUCCUCUGCCAUUCCAUUGAUUCUAGAAGUCAUUGUAGCUGCUUAAACAGUACAGUGUUCACAUGGGAGCAAGCUUCUGCAUGUCAUCUUCUGCACUGGGAACCUUAUACACACAGUUUGUGCUGAUACUGGAUUCAGAAAUGGUGUUCUGCCAAAAAGCCAGCCAAUGACAUCACUCUGUGGAAAAGAAGAUACAUAAAGCCCUGCAGAUAGAAGAUUCCUCUAUUGGUGUAUCACUGGAAAAUAUUUAAUGAUGAGUCCUGUCUAUCAAAGCAUACAUGGAGCCAGAAUUUGCAUUCAGGAAGAGUUUUAGAAUCACUCUUCUUGGUCACUGGGGCUUCUUCAAGAUGGCCAUGACUUUAGCUCUUUCCUAUUAGAUAUGUUUAUCACAAUAGCCUGAUUAGAAAGAAAGCCAAUCUUUGUCUCAAGAGACAUACAUGUCAGAUUCUGAUUUAGGGUAGCAAUCCAACAUAUCCUGUGAAUUUAUUUAAAACACGUAUACCCCCAACUUUAAAAAAAAUAUUCCCAGGCAGUUUACAGCACAGAUGAAAAUAAGAAAUACUAAGAAUAAAAUCCUCACAUAAAAUAUAGAAAAGGAAUCAGGAGACAGCAGAGAGAAACUGGGGUGGGACGGGGGGUUCAGAUGGCAGCCCUGGCUGGAAGAAAAGAGUCUGAGUGAGCCAGCAGAAGGCCAUCAGAGUUUGGUGAAGAUAAACUUCCUUUUGAAGGCUUUUCCAAAGUUGACGCAUGGCUCUUUACAGCAUCUCAGCCAAAUGUUGGCUAGGUGUGGAGGAGGGCCUUUGCAGAAGGUUUUAAUGAGUGACUGGUCUAAUCUAGGAGGCAUGGAUGGGCAUGCUAGCAAUGGCUUCUCUAAGCUGACACCCCAAACUUCUGGUGGUCUAACUUCUGCCCAUCCUUGCUUUAGAUAUUCUGGUGCAACAUUGCUUAGAUCAAGGUGCCUCCCAGAUGUUGCAGGCUGUGUAUCCUAGUCAGCUUGACCACUGUUCAGGGAUGAUGGGAAUGUUAGUCCAAAACAUCUAGAUAUUUCAUUUGAUUCCUCUGCUGAGCUCAACAAAAUGUGUUAAUAUAUGUAAAUUAUUUGAACUAGACAAGAUACUACAAGCACUAUUUGUAUCUAAGCAUAGAAUAUGUAUAAAUGAUGGGUAUCCCUCUCAGUUAUUGUUAAAAACUGAUUUAGUAAGUGUAGCACUUUUUCUUCUGUAUCUUCAAAAAUAAUGUGGGUGUAUAUUGUGGGUAAAAAAUAUAGGUUAUUCUGGAACAUGAAAAAUAA